GGUAGAAUUGGCAACGGCGGACGAAAUGAAAAAAGAUGGCCAAUGUACCGAUCCGCCAUUUUGAGAGUGAGAUAGAUUUACGAAUCGGCGAGAUUUUCCGCGCGAUCUGAUCCUUUUCGGGAGCGCAGUGUUUGAAAAAAGGGAACCGACUGACGGGUGGAACGUCCGGGUGCGGUUUUCCCGGCCGAAAACCGAAAGGAACAGCCCAAACGGAGACAGCGUCUCUGCCAUUUGACGAGAAACGGAGAAUUUUAAAAAAUAUUUUACCUAUGACCUGUCACAAGAAUAUCGGAAUGUUCGGUCGAUUAUUGAUUUUAGACAGCUGUCUGAAAUGAUUAAUUGUUGAUGACAAUAAUUCUAAACGAAAAAAAGUACAUAUUAAGUGUAGAUGUCAAUAGGAAGAGAACCGGAAGUAGUUAUUGGUAAAAAUGUUCGAUCCGAACGCGAUAACAGGCCAACAAAACCAGAUCCAGUACCAGCAACAGCCGCAGCAACAGCAGCAGCAGCAACAGCAACAGCAGAACCAGGUGCAGGUGCAGGAACAGAAGGAUCCGAAGUCGGACGGUUCGCAAAAGGAUCAGAACGCAUUCGCCCCGUUUUGUUACGCGAACGUCAACAUGCUGCACAAAAUCGCGCCGAACACGACUCAAAAUCACACCGCUUCCACGGUCAACAUGUCCCAACUCACCGACGACAAGUGCUACAUCACGCAGCCGUUCAGCUACAAUUACACGUUGGUCAACCAGAAUUUGCUGGCGCAGAACGCCAUCUCCAACAUCAGCUUCAAGUGUGACGUUUGCGGAAUGAUCUUCGCCCAUCUGACGCUUCUCAAUCAUCACAAGAAGGUGUCGCAUCCGGAAACCCAAGGCCAAGUGCAACAGCAACAGAUUACCGUGCAGUUACAGGUGCAACAGCCGCAGCCACAACCCGCUCAAAUCCAAAUCGUGUCCGCCGAUCGAAUUCGAUACUCGUGCCAAGACUGCGGUCUUACUUUCAACACCCAGAACGACCUGAAGACUCACAAAAUCCAAACCCAUCAGCAGCAGCAGCAGCAGCAACAACAACAACAACAGCAGCAGCAGCAGCAGACCCAAGCCCAGCAGCAACAGCAACAGCAGCAACAGACCGUUCAACAGCAGCAGCCUCAGCAGCAGCAGAACACGCUCAAAAUAAAGAACUGCGAAACUUGCAGCGCACCGCUGCCGCAGGACAACAACAAGAAGCGGGCGGUGAUGAAGGUGAAGUGCGAGAACUGUCUGAGCGCGGAAGCGAUCCAACCGCAAAUCUUCGUGGUGCAGACGGCGCCGGAGACGAUAAAGUUCGAGGAGAGCACGACCGGCACGCAGACCGCGACCACGACGACGAAUCUGGGCUCGCAGAACUCGAUUCCGAUCGGAGUGAAGAACUAUCCGGUGAAGCGGAGAGGCAUCGCCAGCGUGACCAAGUGCACCAAGUGCAACGGAAGCGGCAUCAUCUUCAUCGGCGGCGCCCGCAACCAACAGACCAACGUGGACAAGCCGUUCCACUGCAGCAUUUGCAACGGCUCCUUCAGCAGAUACUCGUCGCUGUGGUCGCACAAGAGGCUGCACACCGGCGAGAAGAACUUCAAAUGCAACAUCUGCGGUUUGGCGUUCGCGAAAGCGGCCUAUCUCAAGAACCACUCCCGCAUCCACACCGGCGAGAAACCGUACCGCUGCAACGUGUGCGGCAUGCAGUUCUCGCAGUCGCCCCAUCUCAAGAACCACGAGAGGAUACACAGCGGCGAACGGCCCUACGUCUGCGAAGUGUGCGACAAGUCGUUCGCUCGUCAUUCCACCCUGUGGAACCACCGAAGAAUCCACACGGGGGAGAAGCCGUAUCGUUGCGACAUCUGCGGCAGUUGCUUCAACCAGGCCACUCAUCUGAAGAACCACGCCAAAGUGCACAGCGGCGAGAAGCCGUUCAAAUGCGACAUCUGCUCCGUCGGAUUCUCAGACAGGUUUGCGUUGAAGCGACACAGAAACAUCCACGAAAAGUACGGCAAGAUGAAGCCGAACGUGGCGACCAGCAGCAGCAACGACGACCAGUCCAACCAACAAGUGGCCAACGACGAAACGGUGACCGCCGUCACGUCGGUCUCGACGACGACGGACGCCGACCACGAGGAGAUCAUCGAGACCAAGUACGAGGCUGUGGACACGAAAUACGAAACGGUGGACGCCUCCGAAAUCGUCGGCGAAGAGAUCACGCAGAUUUCCGAGUUGCAAGUGCAAUUGUCUUAAAGUCAAAUACUGUCGAGAGCGGUUUCACAUUACGAUUUUUAUUGCGUUCUAUUUAUUAUUCGGUUAUCGAAAAUUUUGAUUAUUCAUUGAUUGAUUGAUUGAUUGAUUGAUUGUAAGAAAUUAAAAAUGAAAGAAAGACUGUGAUUGACUGUCGAGAGCUGAAAAAUCGUCGCUCGCGCUUCUUCAACCCUUUUAUUUUAACUUACUACUCAUUUGAAAGUGAAGCAGAUGAAAAUGAUUUGUACAUAGCGAAUUCGUUUUUAUUACUUAUAUACAUAUUAAGAUAAUGACAUUCAUAUAGGAGUCCAAUAAAUUCAGCUGAAAAUUACCAAA